GGAGAAUGGGGCUCUCUUGUGGGGUACUUCCAAAGGGAGAUGGGCUCUUGCACAUCCAGAACCCCAGCAGAACUUCCUUGAAGGCCAUCAACAGGGGCCUCCUCAGCUGUUGCAGGUGUUUCAGGCAUUACAGUCUCAGGCAAAAGAAAGCCUUGAAUUUGUUACACACCAGUGACAUAACUGGACAGUGCAAGAGUUAAAUACGUUCAGACAGGCAAGCUUCAUUCAAUAACGGUGUGGGUGUCUGACGGAUGAUAGUUGCACAACAGUCUCAUCUCAGCAGACAGCAAGAAAUGGCAAUGUCAAACAAAGAGGGGGCAGAGAGAGAGAGAGAACAGAGACACAGAGCUGGGGGAUGGGCAAUACAGAGUCCCCAUACCCUUAAACACUAAAAAAAUGGUUCCAAAUGUGGCAGGGUAAGUGGUAACUCCACCUCCCCUUCCUGAUGAUUAAUCAGUCAGGUAGCAUUGUUUGAUUUUUUUCCAAUGGCUUAUUAGCGUUAGGGACAGAGUGUAUAUAUAGAUUGCGUUCUUCCACCAGGAACUGUCAUUGAGUAACCGCCCCUUUUCCGGUGUUACACGUCAUUGUCAGAGAGUGGGGUUUGGAGAGCCUUUGUUUUCUGGCCAUUGGCGGGUUUGAUCGUUGCCCAUCCACAGUGCGUAUUUCUGACUAGUUCUGUGUUGAUCUGUGUUUGACGCUUCCUCGCGCUCCUGGUAUGUAGUCCUUCUCAUACGAUUGUUCUAGAAUUAAUAUUUAUUAUAAUCGUAAAUAUGUUUGUUCUAGGCAACCUGAGUGCAUUCUCUGUCUUUCAAAGAGGGUCCCGUUGCAGGGGUUGUGGGGAACUCGCUGUCUUUAGGACGCUGCUGUUUUGCUUCACUCUUUUGUUUCAUUUUUCUUUGUUUUGUUGACUUGGUUUAAUUUAGAACACUUUUCGACAGCAAAUGGAGCUGCCACUCGUCAUCUUAGGCCAGCGUUUCACUAUACGCUUAAUGGUUUCUGGCCUUUCAGUUAUUGUGGCCAGUGUGUGAACUAAAUGGCAGUUUUGUGACCCGCUUUGGACUUGUGGGAAGUCACAGUAUCCUGUUUGGCUCCUCUGAACUAAGUUGCAGUUGCAGCCCAUGCGGUUUGAAUUCAUUUGUUUCUUAAGUGUUUUUGAUCUUUUUCCUAUUGUGUGUUGUGUCCCUUGAAUAGGGCAAUAAAUGUUUUAGAUUGUGUAAUAAAGAAACCAUUAUUUUGUACACCUGCAUCUCCUGCCCUGUUAAUGGAACUGGGACUUGUGUGGCCUCAUUAUUGGUCUUUACUUGAGAAUUCCCAGGGCGGAAGUCCCUGGGUGGCAUAGUCAUUAGUUUAACCUUGGAAUGUGAAUUCCUUGAACCCUCCUUUGCCACAAAGUGGCGUAGUCGGCAGGAUUGUCCAAUAUUUUGGGCGGAGAGAUGGGUGUUAAUUGAUGGAGAUCUUGGAUUGGUAUUUAAAAUUGUUUUGUGUGUGUUCUAUUUUCUUGUUGUUUUUUUUUCUUUCUCUCUUCUCCCCUUAGAAGCAGAACAGCAGCACCCGUUUGACAGGUGGGUAAAUUGAGUAUUCGUGCUCUCUAACUGUGUUUUUCCCUUGGUGGAUUCUUAAUUUGGGGUAAGUGGAAAUUAUUAUUAUGGAGGAGGAACUCCAGCAGCUUAGGGAGCUGGUGGCACAAUUGAAAGCAGAUAACGAAAAGCUGCAUCAAGAAUGUGCCCCUGCUGUAUUACCAGGGCCGAGUACACCCCCUAGUGAGUCUGGUGCAUUGCCUGCAACGGCCCAGUCUCAAUCGGUUGGUGCUGGUGCUGGCUUGCCCGAGCAAUUUGGGACAGAAAGUGCCCCAAGUUUAAUGGCAAGUCAGGCAUUAGAAUUAGCGAGUGGAUUGAGGAGGCUCAAGCUUACAUUCGUAUACGCCAUCUAACAAUUCUGAUCAGGCCUUCUUUUUGUUUGACCACCAAGAGGGAGAGGCACGGGAGGAGAUCCGGUACCAUCCUAUAGUGAACGGAGGGACCCGGGGAAAAUAUUUGCAGUGUUGCAUGAGGUGUUUGGGUGUUCCGCAUCUCAUGUGGCCUUGCAAGAGGUUUUCCUUUCAAGAAAGCAACAGGAAGGGGAGAAUCUGUUAGAGUUUUCCCUUGCCUUAAUGGGCCUCAUGGAAAAAGUUGAACAACAAUCUGUCAUUGCGUUGAAUGCAUGCAUUUUAUUGCGUGAUCAAUUUGUAGAACAUGUCGCUGAUAGUGCUCUUCGGCGAGAACUCAAACAGUUAGUACGUCGCCAACCAUCAGUUACACUAUUAGAGGUGCAUAGUGAAGUGAUUAGAUGGGAACGAGAAGGAAUGCCUGGGGGUGCGAGGGGUCGUAGUCAAUCCGUCCCGUUGUCUUAUGGUAUUCAGUAUGAGGUUCAGGGAGAAUCACCUUCUGCUGCAUGUGGUCCUUCGACACCCUCUGAAAUGGUCGAAUUGAGAGAAAUGUUGAAAGCGCAACAAAAUCAGCUAAAUCAGCUUACUCAGAGUUUCGCUCUGUUCCAAGAUUCCCGCUCGCAUUAUUGAUCCUCUCGUUAUGGCUCUGUAAUUUGCAGACAUUGUCAACAGUCGGGCCAUUUUGCUCGAGAAUGUGAUGAGAAACGUGUUUAUCGUGUCCUCCACUGGUAGCUCCCUUAUCAUCGCCUUUGCCUAUGGAUGGCCCAUCGGCCAUCGGAAAACUAGUCCCCACCGAAUUGCAGAGCCACAGCUCGGUUGGGGGGCCUAUCAGCUCAGGUAUGUUAAAUGAUGUUGGUCCCGCUCCCCAUUUAAUGUCAUCGUGCCCUCAUCUUGUGGUUUGUAUUGGGGGGAUCCCAAUCCCUUGCUUAAUCGACACUGGUUCUGUGGUGUCUACAAUAACUGAAAGCUGCUUCUUUAAGAAUUUUGAACCAUGGGGGCAGGAUCGCCUGCAAUGUUGUCAGUGGUUGCAGCUCAGGGCGGCUAAUGGUCUUGCUAUUCCCUAUAUAGGAUACAUGGAGCUGGAUAUUGAUUUAUGUGGUAAAGUAGUAUUAGGUUGCGGAGUGUUGGUGGUCAAGGGUCUUCCCGGUGGUUUGUGCACUCAAGUUCCUGGUUUUCUAGGGAUGAAUGACCUUAGUCGGUGUUACCAGGAACUUUUUGGGCAGCAUGGCCCAACCCUCUUUAAUCUACCUAUAGUAUCCGAAGCUCCUAGUGUUGUAAUACAGGCCUUACAGCAUUGCUGCCAAAUUAAUGCACAAACCUCUGGGCCAGUGAGUAAGGUAAGGGUACGAGGUCAUAGGGCGUGUCACACUUCGGGCGGCACAAUGCAAAUCGUAGCAGCAAUGUGUGCUGAACAGUAUUCUGGUGAAGCUUUGCUGUUUGAACCUCUUGAUUUGGGCCUCCCUGCAGGGUUGCUGGCGUCUCCAGCCCUAGUACCAGUGAUUCGAGGCACUGUUCACAUACCCAUGGUUAAUGUAGGCACUGUGAAUGCAUUGUUGUAUCCCGGCCUGCUGGUAGGUACUUUGAGCAGUGUCUUUGUGACUUUGUUUGCCUAGAGGGAUUAUAGACGUUAAGACAGUGGCCACUACUUUUAGCUCCCAUGUCUUUCAGAGCGAACCCACGGUUCCUGAACAAAUCGAGUCUGUUGAUUUGACUGCUGUGUCACAGGACGAACAAGAUCAGGUUAAGGUACUGCUCCAAAAUUAGCAGUCAGUGUUUUCGGCUUAUGAUGAUGAUUUGGGGUGUACUGACCUGAUUUCUCAUGACAUCCCUCUUACAGAUGAUACCUCAGUCCGGCAGAGGUAUCGGCGGAUACCGCCUUCCAAGUAUGAUGUUGUAAAGACUCACAUCAACCAAUUUCUGGAGGCUCAAGUAAUAAGGGAAAGUUGCAGUCCUUACGCUGCCCCUAUUGUCCUGGUCAAGAAGGACGGUAGCCUGCGCAUGUGCGUAGACUACCGCAGAUUGAAUUCAAAGACUCAGAAGGACGCAUUCCCUUUGCCUCGUAUUGAGGAAUCGUUAGAUGCCUUAACAGGAGCCCGCUGGUUUUACACAAUGGAUUUGGCCAGGGGUUACAAUCAGGUGCCAGUCACCGAGAAAGAUAGGGCCAAAACUGCUUUCUGCACACGUUUGGUCUUUUUGAAUGGAACAGAAUGCCCUUUGGGCUCUGUAACGUCCCUAGUAUGUUUCAAAGUUUGAUGGAAAGGUUGUUUGGAGACCAGCAACAGCAGUCUUUUAUAUCUUAAUGAUAUAGUGGUUUUCUCUUCCUCGGUGGCCCAACAUUUGGAACGACUAGAGGUCAUCCUGAGUCGGCUGCGGCGUGAGGGUUUGAAAGCGAAAUUGGGAAAGUGCUCUUUCUUUCAACAACAGGUAAAGUACUUUGUGCAUAUUGUGUCAUCUCAGGGUGUGGCCACAGAUCCCAGUAAAGUGGAGGUAGUGGCACAGUGGCAACAUCCCACUAGUAUCACAGAGUUGCGCGCUUUUCUGGGUUUUGCGGUUUAUUAUCGACGUUUUGCAGAAGGUUUUUCUAAGUUGGCGGCCCCUCUGCAUAAGUUGGUAGCAGAAUUACAUAGUAGUCGAUCUCAGCAAUGGGCAAAGCAGAGUUUUUCUACUGCUUGGACUGUUCAGUGCCAGGAAGCUUUAAUUCCCUGAAAGGUAAGUUCACCACAGCCCCGGUUCUGGCAUAUGCAGAUUUCUUCUUGCCUUUCAUCUUGGAGGUGGAUGCAAGUCAUAGGGGGUUGAGAGCUGUUCUCUCCCAAGAGCAGGGAGGUAAGGUGAGGCCGAUUGCUUACGCGAGUCGCAGGCUUAGGCCCACUGAGUGCAAUACAUCAGCGUAUAGCUCAAUGAGAUUGGAGUUUCUGGCACUCAAGUGGGCCAUGGCUGACAAGUUUUGGGAGUAUUUACUGGGGCAUAAGUGUACUGUGUUUAUGGAUAACAAUCCUCUUAGUCCUUUGGCAUCAGCUAAGUUGGGGGCUAUUGAACAGUGUUGGGCUGCCCAGCUCUCCGCGUUUGAUUUUGAGGUUCGUUAUCGAUCUGGGAAGAGUAAUGGUAACGCAGAUGCUCUUUUCCGGCAGCUCCCACUGAGUAGUGAAGAGGUAACUGGGCUGCUUCCAAUUGCGGUGAUUCCUGGGGCCGAAAGGCAAGAAGUAGAGGCUGAAUUGGCCCUUUUGGCCACCCAAGCUGUUAUGACUAUUCUGCCCAGUCAUUCACCUGCUGACAUGAGAUGCCUGCAGGAGUCUGACUUACUUAUUGGGGAAGUACUGCCAUUUUGGCAGCGUAGGGUGUUUCCCAGUCAUCAAGAGCGUCGGUCAUUGUCUAAGGAUAUGGUGACCUUACUUCGUCAGUGGGACUGUUUCGUGGAAAAGGAAGGGGUCCUGUAUCGCGGCAUUUUCCGUCCUGACGGGAGGGAGGAGCUCCUGCAGUUGAUCUUGCCCUCCAGGUUGAAGUGUGAGGUUCUGACUGGGCUACACCAGGAGCAUGGACACCAGGGCAUUGAGCGUAUAACUGAACUGGUCCGGCAGAGAUGCUAUUGGCCCAGUAUGUUCAGAGAUGUGGCUCACUGGUGUCAGGAAUGUGAGCGGUGUCAGCCUGCAAAAGAUGCCCGACCAGUGGCCUCUAGUUUCAUGGGACAUCUGUUGGCCUCAAGGCCUAAUGAAAUCUUGGCCAUUGAUUUUACUGUCCUUGAGCCCUCUAGUUCAGGGUUGGAGCAUGUCUUGGUGAUGACUGAUGUCUUCUGCACGUCCAUGAUGCACCACUGGGGGAGGGCCAGUUGGUCUAUCUCUGCGAUUAUGGCGUGAGAGGUCAUGCUAAGAUCAGGGACCUGUGGAGCCCAGCGGUGUAUCAGGUAGUCAGGGCACCCAGGGAGGGGGGCUCCGUGUAUACUACUGCACUGGUAGAAGAUCUGUGUAAGAGGAGGCAGGUCCAUAGGUCAUUUUUAAAGCCCCGAAUCCAGAAGGACACUCUUUCAUUCCCCCUGUUGAAAAUCCUCAGGUUGAUCAGAGCUGGAGGAGGCUGAUUUGUUGGUUUUAGUGCCAGAAACCUCUCUGGUCUUUCUGGAGCGAGUAUGUGAUGACCCCCAGAGUUUUGUGGUGCCUCCUGAGAUCGCAACCGGUGUAUUAGAAACUUUGGAACAGCUGGAAGUUGAGGUAUCUGAAUGAUAUGUACCUUUUUCCACAACAGUGGUUGGACCCCUGGUGGGGGAGGGAGCAGUACGGCGCUCACGGCAAGCUACGGCUGGCCAACACUCUAAUGUCUAUCAUCUUCCACGGGCAGUGGGGGGGAUUGGGACAGCAGAUGUGUCCUCUUCUGAGCCAACAUCCAGCUCUGUUUCUGUUGUCUUUAGGCCUUGGGACUAACUUAGGGGGGUGGAGAUGUUUCGAGUUAUCGUUGGGGCUACGAUAGAAAAGUAGGGGUAGAAUGUGGCAGGGAAGUGGUAACUCCAUCUCCCCUUCCUGAUGAUUAAUCAGUCAGGUAGCAUUGUUUGAUUUUUUUCCAAUGGCUUAUUAGCGUUAGGGACAGAAUGUAUAUAUAGAUUGCGUUCUUCCACCAGGAACUGUCAUUGAGUAACCGCCCCUUUUCCAGUGUUACACGUCAUCGUCAGAGAGGUAAGGCUAUCAGCAAUGUGGAUAAUGAAUGCUUGUGGUUGGUGUGUUGACUAAUGUUAGCCUGCUUGUUUGUAGUGGGGAUUGGAGAGCCUUUGUUUUCUGGCCAUUGGCGGGUUUGAUCGUUGCCCAUCCACAGUGCGUAUUUCUGACUUCUGUGUUGAUCUGUGUUUGACACUUCCUCGCGCUCCUGAGGGUCCCGUUGCAGGGGUUGUGGUGAACUCACUGUCUUUAGGACGCUGCUGUUUUGCUUCACUCUUUUGUUUCAUUUUUCUUUGUUUUGUUGACUUGGUUUAAUUUAGAACACUUUUCGACAGCAAAUGGAGCUGCCACUCGCCGUCUGAGGCCAGCGUUUCUCUGUACGUUUAAUGGUUUCUGGCCUUUCAGAUAUUGUGGCCAGUGUGUGAACGAAAUGCCAGCUUUGUGACCUGCUUUGGACGUGUGGGAAGUCACAGUAUCCUGUUUGGCUCCUCUGAACUAAGUUGCAGUUGCAGCCCAUGCAGUUUGAAUUCAUUUGUUUCUUAAGUGGUUUUGAUCUUUUUCCUAUUGUGUGUUGUGCCUCUUGAAUAGGGUAAUAAAUGUUUUAGAUUGUGUAAUAAAGAAACCAUUAUUUUGUACACCUGUGUCUCCUGCCCUGUUAAUGGAACUGGGACUUGUGUGGCCUUAUUAUUGGUCUUUACUUGAGAAUUCCCAGGGUGGAAGUCCCUGGGUGGCGUAGUCAUUAGUUUAACCUUGGAGUGUGAAUUCCUUGUACCCUCCUUUGCCACACAACUAUUACAUUUCCUCAACUUUAGCUUUUGUGCUAUUAUGGCAAGUUAUUUUGUCCACUUUUGCUCUGCUAAUGAAAAUAGUUCCACACAAAGCCAAAGCAGGGUCAGAUGUUUUGUGUUGUCACUCUUAUUAUUAUUUGGUAAAUAUUUAAUUUUUGCCAUAUUGACUGACACAAAUGAUUUUGUCCAUCCUGAAUUCUGCGAUGUGACUGAAACUUUUCCAGCUGUUGUUUCAGGGUUGGAAGUGUUUAAUGCUGCUACUGAAGUCUGCAAUGAAUUUUAGCUUUUAUUUAUUUCUCUCUCUCAGCUUUUGCAUUUCCUGGUUCAAGAUUUUAUCUUGUUUUUCUAAAAUGACUGCUUUUCUUUUAAGUUAUAGCUAACUCCCUUGUUCAUCUCUUAUGUCCUUCUCUCUGUGUAGUUGAUGGGGAAUAAAUAUCAAUUCUGCAUCUCUUAUAUCUGGCUAAAUUGGGGUGGUGCCUCUCUAAACAGGAUGUUAUGCAACUGCUUCAGAAUUUGACUGCUGAACGAUGUUUUUUUUAAAAUUAUUAUUAUUAUUAUCAACAAACCUCAUAACUGUGGCCUGUAAAUGUGCUGUAGAACUAUAAUGUUCAUUGGUAUUCACACUGCUGCCAGCAAAUGAAGGGUUUUUGUGUCAAAUAUUGCUAACAGAUACGGUAACACUUUACAAUAAGGUUCCAUUCGUUAACAUUAGUUAAUGCAUUAAGCAUCAUGAACCAACAAUUAACAAUAUAUUUGUUGCACAAUUUAUUAAACUUUGUUUAUGUUAUUUAAUAUAAAUACAAUUGUUCAUUGUUAGUUCAUGUUAGUUUAUGGUGCAUUAGCUAAUGUUAAAUUAUAUUAGUUGUAAAAAUGUAAAAUCAAAUGUAAAAAUGUAUAUGAACUAAUAUAAAUAAAUGUUUAAUAAGUAUUGUUUAUUGUUAGAUCAUUUUAACUUAUGUUGACAAAUGGAAACUUGUAAAGUGUUUCCGCAGAUUUUGAAUCUGAUGUUGCACAGGUGUCAUGCCUUUUGUGUGUUUAACAUUGUGGAACAAAGCUAAAUUCUGCUAUAUGUGAAAGGUAAGGUCUGAAAGGUUGUUUGUACAAUACAGUUAGGGUGUCUGUCUUUUGGAGCAAAUUAUUCCCUAUAGAAAAGGCAAUAAUUAUGAUGAUGGCAUAAUUGUUUCCAAUACUGACUGUUGCAGAGCUGUUACUUAGUAUGCUUUAUUUACUUUCCUUCUGCUGUCUUUUCCGUAAGUGCUCUAUGUAAUCAUAUUAUCUACAAACAGCAUUAUUUAGUCUGAUAUUUAUCAUAAAAUUCUCAGUAGUCUCAAUUGUCAUAUGUAUUUUUGUAAGAAAGUGUUUUGUGUAAGAAAGGGAUGAUUGAAAAUAGAGAAAAUUAUGAGUGAAAACGAUCUUCAAUGUUGAAAAGAAUCACUGUUCAGUGCUGAGAAUCACUGAACCACUGCUGCUCAGUUGAAACCUUGUGAGCAGAUGUGUUUAAAAUCUGCAACAUCACCAAAAGUACCUUGAGCAACACUGUGAAUUACGUUUAUGAGUUAUUUACAAGAUAUUUGUUGUAUGAGUUAUUUACAAGAAACGUAAGCUGUUAAUAUGCUCAAACGCUGUUUUAAACUGAAACAAUAAUAAAUGAUGAUUCCAACUGUACAUACUGUAGCAUUUGCAGUACACUACAAACCUGCAAAAAAAAAAAAAAAAAAAAUCUACAGCAAGUACUACACAAAUUAUAUUUUUAUUUAUCUUUAAUUUUUCUAAAUCUUUGUAAUUGCUAUUCAAUUAAUAAAAUAAAAUUAAGAUGAGUUUAAUAGGAUUAUCGUCAUUCUGUAUUGA